GCGCGUGUGAGAGUGUGUUCUGUUAGCGCAAACACACAACGCUCGCGCUAGAGAUACAUUCAACCGAAUUACUGUGGGUUUUUUGUUUUUGUCUGGAGCUCGGUAACGGUAACUGUUGUCUGCUUUGGUCAGCAGCGUAUAUUUGUCCAGACAGGUUAAGUUAUCCAGGUUCAGCUGAGCUCACCGAGAGGUUACGUGCCCAGAAAGGCCCCGCGUGUUGACAGAAACGCAGUUGGCACCAGGCUCAUCGCGAUAACUAGCUUAAUUAACGUGUCCAUCAGAUGGUAUCUGUAACGUGGAACCGUGCUCGGGCGGACGUGGUGCUCUAGCCGGUGCAUUAACAGCGCUUUUGGGGCGAAUUAUUCCUCUUACGGUUCCACCACAUCACUCAACCAAGCAUGAAUGAUGCUUUGUUGGCGGACCUUGAGUCCACAACAUCCCACAUUUCCAAGCGCCCACUCUUCCUGUCUGACGAGACCGCCUACUCCUUCCCUAUUGGGGGUCAGACCCAGCAAGACUUCUGCUCUCCACCCCAAGUCCCACCCACUCCCUCUGAGCAAACCCUGAACGGACUAGAUGAAACUGAGUCCUUCAGCUCAGCUCAGAGAAGUCCCUGGUCUAGAGAUAGCAGCAGUCCAAACCAACCCACUGGUGAAGAGGACCACGUAUACAGUUUCCCUAAUAAGCAGAAGAGUAGUGAGUCAUCAGCUGUUGCCAUGAACUCAUCUUUGGGCAGCAACCUGUCUGAGCUGGACCGCCUGCUGUUGGAGCUCAACGCUGUCCAGCAAAGCACCCCUGCCUUCCCCACAGAAGAAGAAGCAGCUCCACCACUGCCUGGUAGCAGUAUCAUCCACCAUAUCCACGAGAAUGGGGUCUCUACUGCUGGCAAGGCCGUGCCACCUGUAAUGGAGAAGCCCAAACGCAGUGCGACAGCUCGAGGAAUAGAGGAUGUACGACCAAGUGUAGAGAGCCUUCUAGAUGAGCUGGAAAGUUCUGUGCCCUCACCCAUUCCCACACCUUUGGUGAUGUCAGAUGAACAAACAGAUGGACAAGAGGAAAUACCAGCACAGCAGCAAGCCAGAAUGUCUGCCUCCUCUGCCACACGAGAGCUGGAUGAGCUCAUGGCUUCCCUGUCUGACUUCAAAGUCCAAAGCAAUAUCCAGUCCCAGGGAAAGACGUCUCCCACUGUACUCCCCAAACCAGCCAACAAGCUGGACAACAUGCUGGGAAGUCUGCAGUCAGACCUCAACAGACUCGGAGUCCAGACUGUGGCUAAGGGCGUUUGUGGAGCCUGCAAGAAACCCAUUGUUGGACAGGUGGUGACUGCCAUGGGCAGAACGUGGCACCCUGAGCACUUUGUGUGCACCCACUGCCAGGAGGAGAUAGGCUCCAGGAACUUCUUUGAGCGAGACGGACAGCCUUACUGUGAGAAAGACUACCACAACCUGUUCUCACCGCGAUGCCACUACUGUAAUGGACCCAUACUGGAUAAAGUAGUGACUGCCCUGGACAAGACCUGGCAUCCAGAGCACUUUUUCUGUGCCCAGUGUGGAGCCUUUUUUGGACCAGAGGGGUUCCAUGAGAAGGAUGGGAAGGCGUUCUGCAGAAAGGACUACUUUGACAUGUUUGCCCCUAAAUGUGGUGGCUGCGCCCAUGCCAUCCUGGAGAACUACAUCUCUGCUCUCAACUCUCUCUGGCACCCCGAAUGCUUCGUCUGCAGGGAGUGCUUCACGCCAUUCAUAAACGGCAGCUUCUUUGACCACGACGGCCAGCCCUACUGUGAGUCGCACUACCACGAGCGGCGCGGCUCGCUGUGCUCUGGCUGCCAGAAGCCCAUCACCGGCCGCUGCAUCACAGCCAUGGGCAAGAAGUUCCACCCGGAGCACUUUGUGUGCGCUUUCUGCCUCAAGCAGCUUAACAAAGGCACCUUCAAGGAGCAGAAUGACAAGCCCUACUGCCACGGCUGCUUUGUCAAACUCUUCAGUUAGACUGCGGGUCUCUGUGUGAAUGUGUGCGUGUACACAUCUGCACGCAUUUAUUCUGGUGUCUAAAUCACAUGUCUGGCAUAUAUGAUUCAGUGAAGUGGUUCUUAAGACAGAGGGUUUUAAUUCUCUGGUGGAUUAUAUCAGGACGGGAAAUGUCUCUGAGUAUUGACUCUUGACAUUGAAUGGACUUCCCUGGUUGUCCAACCUCUCAGGUUUGGCAUUUCACACUUUUGCUAAAACAUUUUUAAGAGAGCCCAAAGAGAUUUUUAUUUAGAGGUUUAUUCCUGUGUGCAGCAAAGAAAAGACUAAUUUUCCCCAUGUGUGUGUGUACAUAUAUAAGCAUAUCAGAGAGGUCAUAAGAUUUCCUCAGAGCUGUGAUUUGUAAAUGAUUUUAUUCCCUCUCUGCAGGGCAACCUUGCACCAUAGGGUGGUUUUACAGUAUGCAGGUAUGAGACAACUACUUGAUUGCAGGGACCAUGGAGAGUUAAUCAGUUUUAGAAUAUCUUGAAUACCCACUGCGUGGCCAAUGAGUGUUAAUAAUCUGUGAAAAAGAUGUAUUUUUCUAGCUUUGAGAAGUAUUGAGGUGCCAUUUAAAAUAACCAUGACAACACUCCAUAUGUACACGCACACAGACACACACUGAACUCCGUCUUGACUUCCUUAAAACACCAGUUCAAACUCUUUGCACACACCAACCACAGAUCUUUUGAUGAGACCGUCUCAAAGGUGCAUUUUACAAGUUAGUGUCAUCAAGAUAUCAGUUCUUAUUUUUCUACUGUUUUACUAUUUAAUAAAAUGAACCCAGAUGUUUUCUCAGUAUCAGCAUACAGUACAUUCACGUGUGCUCGUGUAACUUCAUUGUUUCCCAAUGGAAGUGAAAUCAAUCAUUAGGAAAAUAACCACACUGAACUCGUUUUUCAUGUAGCCGCUUGGAACUUUCUUUUUAUUUUACUACUGCAAAGUGUGUUGUCAUUGACGUUAAUGAUGUUCAAAAUAAAUGAAACCAUUGCGGCUUGUGAUGACAAAAAGGUCAAUAAGAAUAAUAUAUGUACUGUGGUUAUAAAUCUUGAAAUUUUGGUGCGGGUUUUGAUUUAAAAAAAAAAAAAAAAAAAAAA